CAUUGGGCUGUGGUUUGCUGAGGAGGGGAUUAGGAAAUGUGUCUCAGCUGGAAGUGACCGCGGCUGAGCUACCGAGGGUUACAAGCGCUGAUCAUCGCGUCCCUGCAGAGAGAUCCGGUGUAGGAGAUGCGAGCGGCGCUGCGCCUGGCAGUAGUGGCAGUCCCCAUGGGUGUGCUGCUGUCCCGGACAAUGGCGUGGAUGUCCAGCGGCAAAACACAUCCAGAACUCAUCAGCAGGCUAAGGGAUCAUGGCGUGAUCCAGAGUGACAGAGUGUUCAAUGCCAUGCUGGCUACUGACAGAGGACUCUACUCUAGAGACUAUCCCUAUGCAGACUCUCCCCAAUCCAUAGGCUACAGGGCAACCAUCAGUGCACCACACAUGCAUGCUCAUGCUUUGGAGCUGCUAGGUGACAAACUAACUGAAGGAGCGUCCGCACUGGAUGUAGGCUCAGGAAGCGGAUAUCUCACCGCCUGCUUUGCAAGAAUGACAGGGCCCACGGGUAGAGUGGUUGGCAUUGAACACAUCGACGAACUGGUUCAGAUGUCAAUCAAAAAUGUUCAAGCUGACGACCCGGAGCUGCUGUCCUCUGGACGCAUCAAACUAGUUGUGGGAGAUGGAAGACUCGGCUACCCAGAUGGAGCGCCGUAUGAUGCCAUUCAUGUUGGUGCAGCUGCAGCCACUGUUCCUAAGGCUCUCUUGGAGCAGCUGAAACCAGGUGGGCGGUUGGUUCUCCCAGUGGGCCCUGAUGGUGGCAGUCAGGUGCUAGAGCAGUAUGAUCGGCAGAGUGACGGGAGCUUCCUCAAGAAAGCUUUGAUGGGAGUGGUUUAUGUCCCCUUGACUGACAAGAGGCACCAGUGGCCCGGAGGUGAGCUCUGACUGCAGUGUGGUUGCCCUUGCAGGAGGUGGCGUUGGUGCUGCGUCUCCGGGGCCCUGUAACACCUCUUAUAUUUCAACUGAGCUUCUGUCUUAAGGACCACCUGCUCUGCUAGGUUGUCACCUAGCAACAUGAAAGGAGGAUCUUGCUCUGUUUGCCUGGCCAGAUUGUCUUCCAAGGGCGAUAAAACAAUGAGUGACUGAAUAGGUCUCCACUGGUCUACUGAUUAGCCUCUUCCCAGAAUCCUGUGAUUCAUUUAGAGUGAUGCAAGUACAGUAGAUCACAGGGGGAAAAAAGGCUGUACACAGUAUUAUUUCUGGGGAAGUUUGUGAAGUGUAAUAAUGGGUUUCUUGAGAUUACAGCAUGAAAAGCUCAAAGAUGUGUGAAUGCUUGUGCUGAUUUCAGAUGGAUGGUAAAAUUGUGUGUGGGAAUGAUUUGGAUAUAUAUGCAGUAAUACUUGCAAAAGUACAAACCUGGGAAUUUUAAUAAACGUUUAGCAAAAGUAAUAUAUUUUUGUGGGGAGAAUGCUUCUUACUCAUUUAACAAUAUAAUGUGUGUGCAGAAUAAAUCACAUGUGACACUGUAAUUAUAGAGCAGGGUUAGGAAGUUGUGCCAAAACAUAAUAAUCUGAUACAUUUUUGGAAUCAUACAAAUAAUGUAAUCAUGUGUAAAUAUUAGAUUUAAUAAUAAAACCAAGUAAGUGAAUAUUUUAGUGACUGCUGUUAUUACAAGAUUGAAAAUAAACACAUAACUGGGGUAAA